CCACCUUUUCUAGGGCAUCUCUCUCUCUCUCUCUCUCUCUCUCUCUCUCUCUCUCUCUCUCUCUCAGCCAUGAAGAACAACACUUCCACCAUCUCCUCGUCCUUGCUCACCCUCCGGUGGGCCGCCCAUGAUGGGGCCAUGAUCGGCCUCACUGGGAUCCUGCAGAGCCCAACAUACCCCACCACUGUGCUUCUCAUCCUGGCAACCCUCUUCUUUCUCCUUCAAUUCCGAUCUGAAACUCGUAAAAAACACGCAAUGCACCCCCUUCCCCCUGGCCCAGAAUCUUGGCCCAUCGUGGGGAGCAUCCCAGAGCUGUUGUUCAAGAAACCAGCAUUCCGAUGGAUCCUAGGUCUCAUGAAGGAGAUGAACACUGACAUUGCAUGUAUUCGAUUAGGGAGUACACAUGUUAUCCCUGUCACAUGCCCGGAGAUCGCCCGCGAGUUUCUAAAGAAGCAGGAUGCAGUCUUCGCGUCAAGACCUCUCACCAUGGGCACUGAAUACUCUAGCCGUGGAUUCCUCUCUGUUGCGGUUGCACCAUUGGGCGAUCAAUGGAAGAAGAUGAGAAGGGUGGUAGCUUCUGAGGUUUUGAGCGCGGCAAGACUCCGAUGGCUACAUGAUAAAAGAAUUGAAGAAGCUGAUAACCUCAUCCGGUACCUCUACAAUCAGUGCAUGAGCAUUGAUCGCAGAUCUGAGUCGGGUGCAGUGAUCAAUGUAAGGACCGCCGUUCGACAAUAUAGUGGUAAUGUCAUAAGGAAAUUGAUGUUCAACAAAAGAUAUUUUGGGGUUGGUUGCACUGAUGGUGGCCCAGGCGUAGAAGAAGAAGAACACGUUGAGGCCCUUUUCAAUGUUCUAUCUCUUCUCUAUGCUUUCUCUGUCUCAGAUUACAUACCCCGUCUGAGAUGCUUGGAUAUGGAUGGGCAUGAAAAGAUGAUGAAGAAGGCUAUUAAGAUUGUUAAUGAGUAUCAUGAACCAAUAAUCGAUGAGCGGAUCAAGAAAUGGAGAGAUUGUGUAGGUGGGCCCCUCAAAAAGGAGCCUGAGGACCUUCUCGACGUUCUGAUAUCGAUCACAGACUCCGAUGGACGGCCAUUGCUAACAACAGAAGAGAUAAAAGCGCAAUCAGCGGACUUGAUCUAUGCAUCUGUAGACAACCCAUCCAAUGCAGUCGAGUGGGCCAUGGCAGAGAUGCUCAACCAACCAGAUGUUCUUAAGAAAGCAGUGGAGGAAUUGGAUAGAGUAGUGGGGAAGGACAAACUAGUUCAAGAGUCUGAUUUCCCUCAACUCAACUACGUUAAGGCAUGUGCUCGGGAAGCAUUUCGGAUCCAUCCGAUUGCACCCUUUAACCUCCCACAUGUGGCCACCGCUGACGCCACAGUGGCAGGCUACUUCAUCCCGAAGGGCAGCCACGUUAUUCUCAGUCGAACAGGACUUGGGCGAAACCCUAAAGUCUGGGAUGACCCACUCAAGUUUAAACCAGAGCGGCACCUGAAGGAUGGGUCCGGUGAAGUUGAGUUAAUUGAGACAGAACUACGGUUCAUCUCAUUCAGCACGGGUCGGCGCGGGUGCAUGGGGGCCCCACUUGGGUCAGCAAUGACCGUCAUGUUGUUGGCUAGGCUUCUACAAGGGUUCACUUGGAGCGUGCCACAAGGUGAAUUGAGCAUCGACCUAACUGAGUCAACCAACGACCUCUUCCUUGCUAAGGCGCUACAUGCGCAUGCUACGCCUCGAUUGCCAGCGCAUGUGUACCCGACCCACUAAUGGGUGGAUCACACAUAUGUUUUGGUAUUUACAUGUUUGAUUAAGUAUAUAAAUGGAUUUAUCAUUGUAAUCGCUUGCUAUAUUUAAGGUUUGAGGGGUUUGAUCAUGCACUCUCUACGUGUGUCUGCUUAACGUAAACACAUGAAAAGGCAAUAGGGGAGCUCAUUUUGACUUCUCUUUCCAUUUUGUUAAUCUUCAUUCCAUUAUAAUAAAUCCCGGUGUCGAAUGUUGUCC